ACAGGAAAUGUUUUCAGGAGGGAAAGUGAGGAAGAACAAGAGUACAGUUCUGCGCAAACACACUCGAGAGACAUUCUUGUGAUUGACACAGCUUUAGAGAAAUGGCUUUCAGGACUCUGCAAGCAAGUGCCUGCAUGCUUCUCCUAAUCUCAGUCUGCUUACACUUCAUGACAGGUAUCAGGACAGCUACAAGUCGUGAAAAAUGUGAGUGUGUUGAGGAAACUGGCUCAGUGCACUGGAGAAAAAUUAUAGACUACACGAUCAUACAGAAACAUCCUCUUUGCAACAAGGUUCAAAUCAUACUGCAGCUGUCAGGUCAACAAGCUUGUCUAAAUCCAGACUCCAAGCAGGGUAAAAAACUGCAAAAAUGCUGGAAAAGGAUUAAAUUCAACACACAGAAGAGGAAGGUCUGUCUGAUGCUCAGAAAGAAGAAUGGACCAAAAAGUGUGUAG